AACCAUCUUGCAUCACCAUGGCGAGUUGCUCCUUCGCUCGCGACGAAGUGACAAGUAGCCUGAGAGCUGCAGCAGCGGCAGCAGCGGCAGCUUCACCAGCGGCGGCGACCACCCCACUUCUUUCCUCGGGAACCCCGACCGCACUCAUUGGGACCGGGUCGUCUUGUCCGGGAGCCAUGUGGCUCUCCGCGGCCACUGGCUCCCGGUCAGACUCGGAGUCCGAGGAGGAAGACCUCCCCGUCGGGGACGAAGUCUGCAAACGCGGCUACCUGCGGAAGCAGAAGCAUGGGCACAGGCGAUACUUCGUACUUAAACUCGAGACCGCGGACGCCCCAGCUCGGCUGGAAUACUACGAAAAUGCCAGGAAGUUCCGGCACAGUGUCCGCGCCGCGGCGGCUGCAGCUGCGGCGGCCGCCUCGGGCGCCGCGAUGCCCGCGCUCAUCCCGCCGCGACGCGUGAUCACCCUGUACCAGUGCUUCUCCGUGAGCCAGCGAGCCGACGCAAGGUACCGACACCUCAUUGCCCUUUUCACCCAGGACGAGUACUUUGCAAUGGUGGCCGAGAACGAGUCGGAGCAGGAAAGCUGGUACUUGCUGCUCAGCCGCCUCAUCCUCGAGAGCAAGCGCCGCCGCUGCGGCACGCCCGGCGUGCAGCCGGACCAAGAGGGGGCCGCGUUGGUGGCGGCGGCAGCGGCGGCGGAGCCACCCUUCUACAAAGAUGUGUGGCAGGUAGUAAUCAAACCAAGGGGGCUGGGGCACAGAAAAGAGCUGAGCGGCGUGUUCCGGCUUUGCCUGACCGACGAGGAGGUUGUGUUUGUGAGGCUAAACACCGAAGUGGCCAGCGUGGUCGUGCAGCUCCUGAGCAUUCGUCGCUGCGGCCACUCGGAGCAGUAUUUCUUUUUGGAAGUCGGCAGGUCCACCGUCAUCGGUCCGGGGGAGCUAUGGAUGCAGGUCGAUGACUGUGUGGUAGCCCAAAACAUGCACGAGCUGUUUUUGGAGAAAAUGAGAGCCUUGUGUGCAGACGACUACAGAGCCCGCUGCCGCAGCUACAGCAUCAGCAUCGGCACCCACCUGUUAACCCUGUUGUCCGCUAGGAGGCACCUGGACUCGCUGCCCUUCCAGCCUGGCGGCUGGCUCAGAAGGUCCCGCUUUGAGUUUUGCCACCUGAGGGCCAUUGGUGACGGGGAAGACGAGAUGCUCCUCACCAGGCGUUUCGUAUCAGCCAGCGAGCCUGUACCCCACUCCAGACGAGGAAGACAGCAUCUGCCCAGAAUGCACAGGUCCAGGAGAGCAAUGUCAGUGCCAGCCAGCUGUUUUCGCCACUUAGCACCCAACCCGAUGCUUGCCCCUGCAGAACCCCCCAACGACGGAGCUUGCCUGUCUUCUGAAGCAUCUGGCUCUGGUAACUCUGGGGAGGAAGGCAAUCCUCAGAGCAAUGAAAGUCAGGAAGGAAAUGGAGGCGACUACAUGCCCAUGAACAAUUGGGGCUCAGGAAAUGGCCGGGGCUCAGGAGGUGGCCAGGGCUCAAGUGGCCAGGGCUCCAGUAGCCAGGGUUCAGGAGGAAACCAGUGCUCCGGUGGGGGACAGGGCUCUGGCGGUGGCCAGAGCUCAAGUGGCCAGGGUGCAGGAGGAAACCAGUGCUCAGGAAAUGGCCAGGGCACCGCAGGUGGCCAUGGCUCAGGCAGUGGCCAGGGGGCUGGAGGUGGCCAUGGCUCAGGUAGUGGCCAGGGGCCUGGAGGUGGCCAUGGCUCAGGAGGUGGUGGCAAGGACUCUGGAGGGGGCAAGGGCUCAGGAAGUGGGAAAGGCUCAGAUGGCAAUGAUGAACGUGGAAAAUCUCUGAAGAAAAGAUCCUACUUUGGCAAAUUAACUCAAAGCAAGCAACAGCAAAUGCCACCACCUCCACCACCCCCACCUCCACCCCCACCACCUGGAGCAACUGGUGGAAAAGGGAAGUCUGGAGGCAGGUUCCGACUUUAUUUUUGUGCUGACAGAGGAGCCACAAAAGAACGAAAAGAAUCCAAGGAUGUCAAAGAGGCAGAGAUCCCUGAAGGUGCAGCUCGGUGUCCCCACAGAGCCAGAGCUUUUGAUGAAGAUGAAGAUGACCCAUACGUGCCAAUGAGGCCAGGGGUUGCUGCCCCUCUCGCAAGCUCCAGCGAUUAUAUGCCCAUGGCUCCUCAAAAUGUCUCUGCCUCAAAAAAGCGCCACUCUCGAUCACCUUUUGAAGAUUCAAGAGGGUACAUGAUGAUGUUUCCCAGAGUGAGCCCACCACCUGCACCAAGUCCCCCCAAAGCACCUGAUCCUAAUAAAGAGGAUGACUCAAAGGACAAUGACAGUGACAGUGACUACAUGUUCAUGGCUCCUGGAGCUGGUGCAAUUCCAAAAAACCCCAGAAAUCCUCAGGGCGGCUCUUCGUCUAAAAGUUGGAGCUCCUACUUCUCUCUGCCAAACUCUUUUCAGAGCUCCCCCUUGGGACAGAGUGACCACAGUGAGUAUGUACCCAUGUUACCUGGGAAGUUCCUGGGGAGGGGCCCAGACAAAGAAGCCUCAUCUAGCAGAGGCCCCAAAGAUACACCUUCAAAGCCUUUAGUUCAGGGGUCGUGCGCAAAGCCUGGAGAUGGGGGGUCACCCUCAAAGCCCUCAGAUGAUGGGCCCCCAAAGAACAAGGCUAAGAGACCCAAUAGACUUCCUUUCGUUACAAAAGGAAAUAAAAUCAAGCCAAAACCACAAAAGCCCACACAUCAGCAGAGAGGAGCUGUCAGCUCUCGUGACUACGUCAACAUUGACUUCACUAAGAGAGAGAGCAAUAUGCCAGUCCCCUCUUCUCAAAGACUCCCAGAUUCGUGGGGCAUAAUUGCUGACCCUAGACUGUCAGCCUUUUCUCAUUAUGUGAAUGUUGAGUUUGGAGUGCCAUUUCCAAAUCCAGCAAACCACCUCUCAAAUCUUUUAAGAGCUAUUCCAGGUGCCAAUCCCCCAUCUCUGGACGGUGCUAGGUGGCCACUUCCUCCUCUUCCUCCCAGUGCUACGGGUGGCAACGCCGAGGAAGAGGGCGACUACAUUGAAGUGAUUUUCAACCCAGCAAUGACACCAGCCGUGCCUUUUGCUGACAGUGCCAUUCGCUAUGAUGCUGAAACAGGUCGAAUCUAUGUGGUCGACCCAUUUUCUGAGUGCUGUAUGGACAUUUCUCUCUCCCCCAGCCGAUGCUCUGAGCCGCCACCUGUAGCUAGGUUGCUGCAGGAAGAAGAGCAAGAGAGAAGACGGCCCCGAAGCCGUUCGCAAAGUUUCUUUGCAGCCGCCAGAGCCGCUGUCUCUGCUUUUCCAACCGACAGCCUCGAGAGAGAGCUUUCUGCCUCCUUAGCCUCGGCCGCCGCGGCAGCCGCUGCUCCAACCUUAGCGGUGGGCCGGGCUUUAGCCGCAGCCUCCGCCCUGGCCGCGGCCCCGGGCGUCGGCGCAGCCGCCGCGAGCUUGGAAGCGGCCGCUGGGUUUGACUCCGCCUCCGCCCGCUGGUUUCUACCUGUUGCUAAUGCUGCUGCUGCAGCCGCCGCUGAAGCCGUAAGGGGGUUCCAAAACAUUGCCUGUGGCUCGAAUCCCGAAGCCCCAAACCCAUCUGCAGAUCCUGCCAGAGGUGAGAACGGGGUGAGUGGGGCUGCCGCUCCCCCGCCACCACCUCGCCGCCGCCCAGUGCCAAGACCCCCGGAGCGAGAAGAUUCUGACGACGACAACACUUACGUGAGAAUGGACUUUGCCAGACCUGACAGCAAGAAGUUCGACUCUCCCGAAAGAGGUUGGUAAGUCUAAAAUUCAUUUCCUUAAAGUUAAUGGGCAUUGCUUAAUCGAUGUGCCACUAUGUUUACAGUGUUAGGAAUAAGCGAGUUAAUAUUUCAUUAA